CAACGCGUCAACCGUUUGCGAGCAGAGGCGCAACCAAACAAACGCACCUCGGACAGGCUUCCCCCCGACUUAGUGAAAUGUCCAAGGCACAACUCAAGAAAAAGGAGGCCUCCUCAAGUAAAGCGGCUCUAUCCGAGCGGCAGGCUGAAGCAUCGUCCAUAGCCGCCUCUUCCUCUGAGAGCCUAGGAGGUGCAUGGAGAUUCCCCGUUUGGCCUGAGUGGAACGAUGCAGAAGUGGAAAAGGAGAAAUGGGACUCGAGUAAAGGAGCCGAGGAUGGAAAGACAAGCAAGAGUCAAAUCUGGAGUUCAUUUUUUGAAAAUCCUGAGGGAAGAAUAUUACUGCCCCAGUUUCUGAAAGUGCACUACUGGAAGCGUCCUAAAGAGUUUAUUGUCAACAAGGCUCUCACCGUUGUUGAAAAUCAAAUUUCCUUUGACCUGCUCUCCCCCAAUGAUCAUCUUAUUUGCAAUGAGCUGAUGAGGCGGCUCAUCAGUGAGAUCUGCAUUGUUUGGACGCUGCACGAAGGCACAGAAAAGGAUCGUUGGAGACCUUGGGAGCACAUCUACUCGCUGUGUAAGGUGGAAAAAGGCCACGUGCCUCUCUACAACGACUAUGGCAAAUACGUGGUCAGACUCUAUUGGAUGGGUUGUUGGAGGAAGAUAAUGGUAGAUGACUCCAUGCCGUUUGACGAAGAAAACAACCUUCUCCUUCCCGCCUCCGCCUGUCAGUCGGAGCUGUGGCCAAUGUUGUUGGCCAAGGCUCUUAUUAAAGUGGCCAACACAAAUGUAGUGUCUGAGGUCUACGGAGAGAUGGGAGAGUUCACUUUUAUCCACACCCUCACUGGCUGGAUCCCCGAAAUCUCUCCAAUAAAGUCUCUAUACUUGGAGAAAACAUGGGAUUUCUUAAAAGGCACCAUUCCCAUAUUUACACACCCAGAUGACAGUUUGCCGGAGACGAAGCCUCUGACUGUAGAUCCAGCUGCAGUUAGACGUUCCAGCUGUGAUGACGCCAAUAGUCUGCUGCCAGAGCCGGAGAAAAGGAAAGGUACCCCUGGAGUAGUGGUGUGUGCCAGCGACUACCAACUACAGCCACAGAACAAUCCCCUCCUGUUUGGACAAAUGGCUACCUCCUCCGAGUGUCUUCGGCAGUACGGCCUCUCCUUAAUGCGCAGCCACAUUGUCCUUCUGACAAGAACCAGGGGAUGCCAGCUAGAAGCCCCACCCAAACCUCCACCUGUACCCCAAUGGAAACUCACCCGCCAGCGGAAGGAGAUCACAGUCACCGCUGAACCACAAAAGCCUCCUUUGUCAAAACCAGAGAAGUUCAUUGAGAUCGCCAGCCCUUUUCUCCAGUUUCCUGUCAAGAGCAGCGGUGGUCUGAUACCUGAGCGAAAGGCCCAGCGGAGCAUUCAGACGAUAUGUCCCCACGGGUCCCCUAACAGAAAGGCCCAGCGGAGCAUUCAGAGGACAUGUCCCCACGGGUCCCCUCUGGUGUCCAUUGCUGAGAGAGUGGAUGCCGAAGACGGCCUUGAGCCAGAUGCAGCUGAAUGCGCCGCCAGCUCAACAAACAUCAAGAAAGACAAAAUGGAGGUUACUGCAAAGGACGUGAAGAAGGACAACGAUCACAUCUCCAAUGAUAGACCCAAAUCUGCAUUGAAGGAGGCGGUAGCCGUGGAGCCCUCGCCUCCCGUCAAACCCGUCCUGCAGCAGACCUGGAUGGACCUAGAUGACUUUGCUAAAUGCUUUCAGUCACUCUUGGUUUUUCAUAAACCGCAAAUCUACCCACAUCAUUUCCACAAAUCCCAUUUUAAGCUGCCCCCCCCUCACCCCCCCUACCAGUGUCCAGAGGUGAGAGGCACUCACUACCUGUGUGUGGACAGCCUGCAACCCGCCCAGAUACUCAUCAGUUUCUCCGUUCUGCUUCUCUGGGGAAAUGUGGCUCAGGAGAAGAAGGAAAGGUAUGCAGCGUGUAUGUCUUCAGUCCUCAUCGUCCAACCCUACUCCUGGAAAAGUCUGCAUUCCCAGCCGCCAGUGCUCACCAUCCAGACUACCUGCUCAGGGGCCACCACGUUGAAGUUAUCCCCCGGGCGCCACGUCUUUUCCAUCCACACAAAGGCAGCACUGGGCUACCACGUUCGCCUUUGCAGCGAGACGCCUUUCACGUUCGGGGACGAAGAAGCCGUCAUGUCACAACUUACCAAGGAAAGUGCUCGUUUCACUGACCAGGCCUCGUCCAUAUGGAGAGGACUGUCCAGACUGGUGUCUUCCUUCAGCGACGAGCAGGACCAGCCAGCAGCCAGAGGGACUCUGGAAGAGGCUCACUGCCCCCAAAACAUCAACACCCCCCAGGAAAAAAGGAAACACCGCAAGGUUUUUAACUCUGCGGUUUACAAAAUGCUGUUGGAGGCUCUGGGCAGGAAGCUGACAUCAGAGGAGCGGUUUGCCGUAGUCGCCCUCACAAUUGACCCCUCACUCUUGGCCAACGACCCCAAAAUACACUCCCCUACAUUGGAUGGAGCAUCAAAGCCUCCAGAAAGCUGGAGCGACAGGGAGCCGACAGACGGGGAGGUCAAGGCAGCCGUCGUUCUGCAGGCUGCAUUCAGAGGACACUCGGCGAGAAAAAUUUUGAAUGCCUCGAAAUCAGGCACAAAGGAGAAACUCACUGCGUCUAAGAUAUUUUUAGACAUGUGGCCAAAGGUGGAAUCGGAUGCAGCAAAACAUGCCGCCCUCUUGCUCCGCUACAUCAUUGACCACUCGGAGGGGGCAGAGCUCUACCCCUGUCAGCGGGAUGAAUGGACCAGGGUCACCUUCGCCGAUUACUCCGUCUCUCUUCCCGACGCAGCCGACUCCUGGGUCUUGGUCUUUAGAGAGGUGUUCCAGGUUCAUAAGGAGAUGCAGCUGGUUCCAAAGGUCUACUCCCCAGUCCCCAAUUGUCUGCUACACGUCAUAAACAACGACACGGGAGAGGAGCUGGACAUGUUGUUCAACAAAGUGGCCCCCCAUGUCUAUCGACCCAACAAGCUUGGAUAUUCCUUUGUAGCAGAGGCCCUCACACCCGAGUCGCUCCCUUCUGGUGCCAAGUGGAGGAUGCGCUUGAUCGGCACAAGGGAACACCUUCCAAAACUUUCCCGCAAGACUCCACUCAACGUGUUCUCAGUGAAGGAAUUGCGGGAUUAUUACGUUCCCAAUGACAAAAACUUGACUGCUACCGUAUGUCGUUUCCUUGUGCGUGUGACUGCAGACGUCCUGGGAACAAUUCAGUUUCAGACUUCCAAGGCAGACGUAUUGAUCCGUCUGUCCGUUCUGGACCAGGAGAAGCUGGUCGCCGGCAAUACAGGGAAGGGUCACGUGGUAAUUCCUGCCUUCUUCUUCCUGGCCAACAAAGCCCUUAAUUCCACAGAUGAGAAAAACCAGAACCAGAAGAGAUCCCCCACCUGGGACAAAGGACUCAAGGUGAUGGACGCCCCGCAGGACAGAGACAAGGACAGCGCGGCUGGGAAACAGGACUCAUCGUUUGACCAGUUCCAGCCUCCCACAGAGACGAUGGUAUCACUGACAACUGCCUGCGUGGUCCAUAAGUAUGUGGUGCAGACAGAGGUGCUUUAUAAGACCUGGGAUCUGGAUCAGUCUCAGCUGGCUUUCGUCCGCACGCUCAGAGACUUGGAGGCGAACGAAAUGAGAGUACACAAGCCUCAGGAGUUAAACCGAGCAUCGACCGCUGACUUGACAAGGCAAAAAUCCGGCACACCCAAAGCCAACCGCAAAGGGGAAGGUAUCAGGGUGAAGGGGAGGCCAUCUUCCAACUUGAAAUCUGGCUCCAAGCUGGAAAUGAGCCUUGACCUGACUAAGGCAAACUGGACUCUGCGUGUGGUCACUGACAAGAGCGAAGCGGAGAGCAUCAGUAUGACGAAGGACACGGAGCGGAUGGACCAGAUAAAAGCCAUCAAAGAAGCCUGGGAAGCGGCUGAACCAGGACGCAGUGCUAAGGCUUUACAGUCUCGUCUCAAGUAUCUCCGCAAGUUCCAACUUCCCGAGGGCGGCGCAGAAAGCACAGAGCCAGCUGAUCCCAGAUCUGAUCCUGGCACGGCUCUCAGUCCAUCCAACAACACAGUGACCAUGGACUACAGUCCCUUCAUCAGGAGCCAAAAGGAUCAUCCGGUGCUGAUGGACUCGCAGAUGGAGGCCACCCGGCAGAGGCAGCGCAUAGAGAAGAUCCAGACUUACCGGUUGAUCAGAGACAACGUGCUGGAGCAUCGGAAACAGGGGGAGCUCCACAGGAAGGCGCUUAUAAGACAACAGCUGGAGAUGUACGAGCACAUGCAGGCCGCCUCGCGGCAGCGCAGUGGCACGUUCCAGGAUGCUUGCGGGUCUCUCAGGAGCCGUCAGAUGGCGGCCAUGGAAAGGAAACAGGAGGAGAAACAGGCUCUGGAGGACGCUCAGCAGGCACUCUUAGAAAAAACACGGCCCACCUCGUCCGCCAACCAGCGGCGAAAGAAAUCUGCAAACGUCGCUGGCAAGAAGAAAUGAUUCGGUGGUGAUUGGCAAAAGGUUUCAGUCUCAAAUCUCCUCAGCUUUGUCUGUUCAUUUCACGUAGUAGGCUGAACUUGAUUUAGAGCUAAGAAUGUGGUUGCAUUUGUCUUUAGAUUUGAUUGGAAUAUGACUUUUUUAAUCUCUGCAAUGUUUUUUUCUCCAAAUGCAUUCAUACUUCACAAUCAUCACAAUGUUCAUACUGUAUUCAUUAUCAUAAUAAAAAAAUUUAUAUAUAUACUUUUACCGCCCUUCAUCAUUCAUUUUAUUCAUAACCUUCAUUCCAAAGCCGGUGGUCACCUACAAAAGCAAUCAAGUACUCUUGUCCUUUAGCAUUCGUAUAUUACAUUUUGUGCGUCUUUGUGUGCAUCUUUCAUUGCACUAAGAAGGUCGCCAGCAAUGUAUGGAUUUGAGCUUUGCACUGGGAUGCCUGGUUGUAUUCCGGAGAUCUGAAAAAGGUCACCGUAUUGAUUGUAUGACUGGAUACAGCCAACCUCCCACAAACUGAGUGGUACGGAUUGAUUGGUUAGUUGGUAUUUCCUUCCUUAUAUAAUCUCACAAGUCCAUUCCUACACGACCAAGAGGACGUGUUGUAUUCAAAAACUGCUACGUGAAUAAAUGUUGGCAGAUAUUUUCAGCAACAUGACAAACACCACAAUCCCUGUGGUUGAAGUGAGCAUUUGAGGCGGUGAGAGUCUGAUUCGUCCGUCAGUCCGGUUAUUAUUUGCCAAACAAUUAUCAUCUAGUAACACUUUCUGUGUUUUACUACUGUUUGAGUCCCAAAGAGAAGCUGACCAGCUGAGGAAUGGGAAGUUAAAUCAGCAACGAAAGGGGCGAUAGUGCCAUCUAGUGGCUGUGGACCUAAAAUCAAUUUCAUUACACGGCACAAAACUGCCGUUUUCAUGGCUGACAAUAAUGAAUAGUUCAAUUAUGUGCUGCUGCAUGAAGGAAAUAGUUUUUAUGCUGUGUGUGCGUGAGUUAGUGUGUGGAUGUACUUGUAUGUAGAAAAAAGCGGUGUGGGAGGAAUUUUUGGUUCUUGCUUGCGCGUGUGCACGUGCAAAGUCAUCCUGCAGUAAUCCGCUCCUGCUUUAGAGCUUUUGUACCCUGCUGCUGACAAUUUGUUUGUGAAAACUCAUCUUUGUAGGAGAUCAUUCCCUUUCAUUGUGAUAUUGGACUUCAAAGAGGAUAAUUUGCAAACUAUGAAUCCAAUAUCCGGCUUAUGCGAUGAUGCUGUAGACACAUGCAAACCUUAAAUGCCAUUUAUUCAUGUAUAAAUACUUGCACACAAUGAUUGAUAUAAAUGCCCUGUGCCACUCCG